UUUCGCAACACGCCCUCCGAGUCUGAUUCAAGACAAGAUUCUUCGUCAGGAACCUGACACUGCAAGAAAAGGGGAGUUUUCCAGUUAGGAGUUCCCAAGAGGAGUUACUGAUUGCACCGCCACCUUCAUUACGACGUGUUCUCUUAGCGUUCACCUGCUGCUAUUACUAUCUUCCGUUCCUCCCAGACCUUCUCAUUCCUUACGUUCUCCGUUUCCUUUUUUCACAUCUCUUCCUACCGAAUCGCACGCCUCAUCUACCAUCACUCUGCAGUUGAGCUGAUCGCGUCAGUGAGAUUUUAGUGACAAUGAAUCUUCCUGGACGGUUCCUUUCGAGCUGACAACGUUUCCACCUCUUCCUAAAAUCACCUGGGUAACCUGAUCCGGUCGUGUACUUACGUUUCUUGCAAAAAGUCAACGACCUUCUUUCUGAUAUGGACGUCGCGGAAGUGUUACCUCAUUCCGGUGCCUGCAGCCUUUCUCCUGACGGCCGGUGCCUCGCAGUAGCACAGGGGAGGAAGCUGCACCUGCGCUCCGUACCGUCCUUAGAGGACAUCCGAACGUGCAGCUGUACAGGGGCGAUCUCAGCCGUCGAAUGGGCUCCAGAUUCCACAAUGGUUUUCGCAGCUUGCUACUCGCAAGCUACAGUGCAUGUGUGGUCCGUGGCUCACCCCGACUGGUCUUCUACCGUGCACGAGGAUGACGUGGGCGGGCUGGUGCACGCCACGUGGGCCCCUGACUCCUCGCACGUGCUGCUUUCCUCGGACCACAGGCUGCGCGUGACUAUAUGGAACGUCACCUCCAGCCAAUCCCCCCCAGUGCACAUCCCCCUUCCCAAGCACCCCAUACGCGCCCUCUCCUUCUCCCCCAACCACCUCCUCCUAGCAGCCCUCCACUCCCUCCCUUCCAAUGAAACCAUGCCACCUGCUGCUGCCCCUAUCCCUCUUGCUGCUACUGCUGCUGCUGCGGCUGCUACCCCUGCUGGUGCCACUGCUGCUCGUCGGGGCACUGUCGGUAACACAACUGGAGAUGCUGGUAACCCGGUUACAGCAUCUGGCGCAGCUGGUGCUCCUGGCAGGAGGGCUACUGACACGGGAAGCCACAGGGCUGCUGCUGGUGGUAGUGUUGGGACUGCUGCUGUUGGUAGUGCUGCUGGUAUUGCUGCUGGGAGUGCUGUUGUUAGAAGAUCGCGCGAUGGCUCUGCUGUUGGGGGAAGUAUGCAAGGAGCAGGGUUAGAAGGAAGGGUGGGAGUAAGGAGAGCAUCAGCAGCAGCAGGAGGGGCAGGAGAAGGGGGAGGGGGGGGAGGGAGAGGAGGGGGAGGAGGGGGAGGAGCAGCAGGGCAGAGUCGUGAUGUGGUGAGCCUGUACGCUUGCGACACAUGGCAGGAGGUGGUCUGCUUCCGCACGGAUACUGUGGAUGCUGCUGACGUGGCAUGGGCGGCAGAGGACGGCGGGGUUAUUGUGUGGGAUCACCCUGUGGAAUUCAGGCUGCUGCUCUUCUCUCCCUCUGGAGAGCCCCAAGCACGCAUAGAGCUGCCCUGGCCGGGGCUGGGAGUCAGGGCCGUUGCCCCCUCCCCUGCUUCCGCACCUGGUGUCCCUUCUGGUUCUAGCUCACUUUCAACCGAAAGUAGCAGCAGCAGCGGUUCAGGUUCAGGUGCUUCUUCAGGUGUUUCUUCAGGUGCCCUGGUGGCGGUGGGCUGCUCCGCCGACCGCCUGCUGCGAGUCUUCCGGACGGCGGACGGCCGGCCUGUAGUGGAGCUGCCGCACGUGCCAGCUGUCAGAAACCCAUUGGCUGCUGCAGCAGUUGUGUACGAGGAGUGUGUUGGUGUCUCUGCUGCAGCCUCUGCUAUAACACCAGACACUCAAGAGGAGGAGGAGGAGGUCCCCAUGGUCUCCUACCGAGUGCUUGAGCUGCCCGUUCAGCUGCCCGUCCAAAAACCUCCAGUGGACAAGCCAAACCCCAAGCAAGGAGUCGGCCUCGUAGUGUGGAGUGCUAAUGGGGAGUAUCUAGCCACUCGGUGCGAUGACAUUCCUACCGUCCUUUGGAUCUGGUCGACGCUUCGCAAGUUUGAGCUGGCUGCAGUGCUGUCGCAGCUGCAGCCAAUCAAAGCUGCAGCCUGGCACCCCUCCCUUCCCUGCAUUGCGUUCUGCACCGGUACACCACAUUUGUUUACAUGGAAGCCAGCUAUAGCAUCAGGAAGUGGUGUUACUACUAAUGUGGGUGAGGGGAUUUUCAUUGGGGACUCGGAAGGAGUGACUGAUGGUGAUGGUGGUGUGAGCAAGGGGUGGAGGGUUGGGGGUGAGAGCACUAAGGGGAAUAGUGAAGGGACGAAUGGAGGGAGCAGCAGUUCGGCGUCUACAUUUAGAGUGCGUGAUGGCAUGAUUGUCAGUGAUCUAGAGUGGGACAAGGAAGGUCAGUGUCUUUUGUUGCGGGACAAGCAAAAGUGCUGCAUCGCGCUUCCUGCUUUCCAUACCUCGCUUUAAAGCUGAAGCGCAACUUGUUUUGAACUUCAUGUGUGGUAUUUACACAUCAAAGAAAAUAGAUAAAUCUUAGUAUU